GCAAGUAGAGCACGCUAAAGCUACUGGUGGGGAGGAUCAUCCCGCUGGUUUUCGCGGUCUGGUUGAGGCAACAAACCUGUGCGUGAAUCAGUCUCGUGAGUGGACGACACAAGAUAACAAGCCUUAGGACUACUUCAAGGAUUUCUUGUUAAAAUCUGUCUCUUGUGCAAUCAUCAUGCAGGAAUUCAUGUGUACGAGACGCAUUAUUCAAUUGGCGUUCAUGGUUUUGUUCCCCAGUCUGCUACAAGCUUCUUCCCUCUGGAUGUCCAACAACAAGCGCCGAAUAGAUUACGACCUGUGGACAGACCACACCUCCAACGUUGUGGAUGACUAUCAAUAUGUUGGCCAACAAAUUCUUUUCCUCGAAAAGCUCAUCAGCAAAGUGUCUCAAACGGCAGACAACAAACGAGUUGGAUACGAAGACUCGCAAACCGCUUGGUACAACGAGGUUCAUUCAAAUCAUCUUGAGAAUAAAAUUAGCCCAGAUUAUGACGACGAUGAAGAUAAAAAGUUCGAAUAUAAAAAGAAGAUUGUGCAGGCGAGUCUGAUUCUGGGUUCAGUUGGCUGGGCCUUUGGCAAAUUGGGUCUCAUUUCAGUCAUUUCGCCACGUGUGGUCGUGCAGGAUACCGCAACAUCAACAUCAAGUACUUCAAUGCUAAUAACAUCAACACUAUUGACCACUACUACCCCGAGGAACACUAUUAUUAAUAUAACACCAAGGAAGACCACGACGCCAGCAACAACAACUAAACCAACAACUGCAACAACUACAACGAAGACGACAACCAUUGCUCCAGUCACGUGUUCUACCACAACGUCCGAUGCAACUGGAACUUACAAAACGAUCCGAACUCCAGGGACACAAGUGACGCAGUGCCUUUCCAUCACAGUGGCUGUUGGCAGUAGAAUUAAAAUUACUUGCAGGGUCGUCUAUACGCAGGCCGGCACUUACACGACGUUUUAUGAUAAAAGCGGCACAGCCAUAGUCACUACUUCGCCCGUCGUAAACCAAGUGUACACGACGACGGACAACACGCUGAUUAUCGAAUCCCUUGCCGACAGUUCCGCUUCCUCACCGCUUCGCUGCAAAUGGACAACUAUUCAAUAAAACGAACUGUAGAGCUCAAAGAAAACCUUUUCGUUGGUGGGUGAUUAUCAAGAUUCCAUUUUAAUUUUGCAUUAUCUUGCAGUCACAGUUAUGUAUUUUUUUAAAUGAAUAGUUCAUUAUGAAGUAGCAGGUGACAAAGUAUCUCGACAUUUAUUCAUGUUGGCUAUUACUCGUAAAGAAACGGGAAACAUUGAAAAAACGAUUGUGAACGAAAAAAUUUGUAAUUGUUUGUCAUUGUGAAAUCCUUGUUAUCUUGGCACUUUGGAAUGUUGACUAACGUUUCUAUGCUGCAUAUGGUCACAGGCUUACACACGGAAAUGAUAAAUGUGUUUGUUGUCAAUGACUAACAAUUUCAGGUUCCUCGUCAACGUCAAAUGACGGUCAAAU